AUGGCUUUGGCUGAACCUCUUGUUCUCUACACCGCGAAGAUUUGCCCUUUUGCUCACAGGGUUGAACUGGCUCUUGCUGAAACUGGCUUGAAAUCAAACAAGGACUUUGUGAGAUACGAGAUUGACCUCAAAAACAAGCCGGAAUGGUACCAGCCAAAGAUUAAUCCUGCGAGUAAAGUUCCUGCUAUCGCUUACGGUGGCCCCAAAACCACUGGUGACCAACCAUCUCCUUCGUCCACCAAGAUCGCCGAAUCCCUCGUCCUUAUCGAAUUCGUCGCCGAUCUCUUCCCCAACAGUUCUCUACUUCCAAAAGACCCUGUCCUCAGAGCCAAAACCCGAUUUUUCAUCGAUACCUUCGCAAAUAAAUUUGGACCCGCCCUCUUCACCUUCCAAAGCGGCAAAGCUCCCAAUGGCGCAGAGGGUAUCUUUUCUGCCAUCGAACAGCUCCAGGAUCUCAUGGCACCAGAGGGUCUGGCGAUUGGUGAUGGAACAGAAUUUACGCUAGCUGAUGCUGCGGUGAUUCCCUUCUUUGGGAGGAUGGAAGUCUCAUUGAAGAAUGAUUUCGGGGCAUUCCCUGAGGGCGAAGGAAAGAGCACCUGGGAAGCAUUGCAGACGGAUAAGAGGUUCGCGAGGUGGAAGAAGUACUGGGAUACUGCUAAAGCAAGGGAAUCAUUCAAAACUACGUUUGAUGAGGAUUAUCUUACCAAAUCAUACUCGACCCGUUGGACCAGAGCUUGA